AUGUGGGUGACCGGAAGCAAGUCAGCCUUGUUGCUGGGGCUUGCUUGUAGCAGCGCUGUAGCUCAAGACGUCAUCACCACUGAUUCCUAUUUCUAUGGAGAUUCCCCCCCAGUUUAUCCCUCCCCUAGUGGAAAUGGGGCCGGGGACUGGUCUUCAGCAUACCAAAAAGCGGAAGAUUUUGUAUCGCAAUUAACACAAGAAGAAAAAGUCAGUCUCACGACUGGAGUGACCGCGAACAAUGGGUGUUCCGGACAUAUCCAGGCAAUUUCACGCCUUGACUUCCCAGGCAUGUGUCUUGCCGAUGCUGGAAAUGGAGUGAGAGGCACGGACUACGUAAAUAGUUGGGCUAGUGGUGUUCAUGUGGGUGCAAGCUGGAACCGGGACCUCGCUCUCCAACGAGGAAAGUACCUAGGCACUGAGUUUCGUGCCAAAGGAGUCAAUGCUAUGUUAGGACCUGUUGUCGGCCCCACCGGUCGUGUAGCUACCAGUGGUCGUAAUUGGGAAGGAUUCUCCUCUGACCCAUAUUUAACUGGUGCCUUGGCUUUCCAGACCGUCCAAGGCGUUCAAUCAGAGGGUGUCGUGGCUUGCACGAAGCACUACAUCGGAAACGAACAGGAAACAAAUCGUAACCCCAAAGCCAAUGAUCAGGGACAAACCGUGGAAUCUGUUUCAUCUAAUAUUGACGACAAGACGCUUCACGAGCAGUAUUUGUGGCCUUUUCAGGAUGCAGUACUUGCCGGGUCUGCAUCUAUCAUGUGCGCUUACAAUCGAGUCAAUAACUCCUACAGCUGCCAGAAUAGCAAAUUGCUCAACGGCCUACUAAAAACCGAACUUGGAUUCCAGGGUUAUGUAGUGACCGACUGGGGUGCCCAGCAUGGUGGAAUCGCUGCUGCAAACGCUGGGUUGGAUGUUGUCAUGCCUGAUUCGAGCUUAUGGGGCUCUAAUCUCACUGAUGCGAUCGCAAAUGGGACCAUGGAAGCAUCACGACUUGAUGACAUGAUUACGAGACUCAUGGCAUCUUGGUAUUACCUUGAUCAAGCUUCUACAAUUCCAUCACCGGGAGUUGGUAUGCCUGUCGAUAGCAGAGCGCCACAUCAAACAGUUGUUGCCAGAAAUUCCUCCGAAAAUCUAAUUCUUUUGCAAGCGGCAAUUGAAGGACAUGUUCUGGUAAAGAAUGAGAACAAUACACUUCCCCUGAAGGCUCCCAAAUUGCUAUCCAUUUUCGGAUACGAUGCGAACGGUGAUGGCCAAUCAUCUGAGCAGCUCAUAUUCGAUGCAUCUACAGUUGCAUAUCUCAACGAAACGUUGUAUGUAGGCGGUGGAUCUGGCGCUAAUUCCCCAGCCUAUCUCGACACUCCCUUUGCUGCCAUGCAGCGACAAGCUUACAAAGAUGGAACUUCGCUUCUAUGGGAUUUCUCCUCACAGAAUCCUACAAUAAACGCCAACAGUGAUGCAUGCCUAGUCUUUGUCAAUGCUUAUGCCAGUGAAGGCUGGGAUCGCCCAGGCCUUUCGGACGACUACAGUGACACGUUAAUCACUAAUGUCGCCAAUACCUGCAAGAACACAAUUGUCGUCAUACACAAUGCGGGUAUUCGUUUAGUGGGCAACUGGAUUGACAAUGAUAAUAUCAAAGCUGUCAUAUUUGCCCACCUACCUGGCCAGGAUGUAGGCGGCCCUCUGGUUGACAUUCUUUAUGGCAAGGUAAACCCGUCUGGAAAACUACCAUAUACCGUGGCAAAGAACGAGAGCGACUACGGUUCUCUUCUCUCGCCAUCUCAGCCCGAAGGACAAUUUGCGAUCUUCCCACAAUCGGACUUCACCGAGGGUGUCUAUGUUGAUUACAAGUACUUUGAUAACAACACCAUAACCCCGCAGUAUCCUUUCGGGUAUGGCCUAUCGUACACCACUUUCAACUAUUCUGAUCUGAGUGUGUCAACAUCAAAUGAAAGUUACUCCGCAUAUCCAGCAAAUGCUACCAUCGUUCCAGGAGGAAACCCACACUUAUUCGAUAAUUUGGCUACGGUUUCUGUCACUGUACAAAACACUGGAAGUGUGUAUGGCCAAGAAGUUGCUCAGCUUUACCUCGGAAUUCCAAAUGGGCCAGUUCGUCAGCUACGUGGGUUUGAAAAGGUAUCCAUUGACCCAAGUCAGACAAAAACUGCUCAGUUCAACUUGACGAGACGCGAUCUGAGUGUAUGGGACACGACGGCGCAGCAGUGGCUCUUGCAAGAAGGCACUUAUAAUGUGUAUGUUGGAAGCUCGAGCCGAGAUCUUCCACUGACUUCUACAUUGAGCUUCUAA